ACAGCUUUCCUCUGAAAAAAAAAAAAACAUCUUCGUACCUUGCCUUAGCUCCCCCCAAACAAAAACCUCUGUACAUAAAUAAAAACGCACACAAAAUCUUCCAAUAACGACAAGUCAUGAACGUCGAAAAGCGAGACGACAAGGAAGACUCUAAAAACGACGAAGAGACAAACCGGCUGUUAUCGGAGUCUCAUGAAUCCGAUGAAUACGAAGAGAAAAUCCUGAUCGCCGAGGCGGAAGAAUCGGACGGCGAGGAUUUAGCGGUGCCGCCAUUCUCAUGGAAGAAGCUGUGGAUGUUUACUGGGCCUGGGUUUUUGAUGAGCAUAGCAUUUUUGGAUCCGGGAAAUCUGGAGGGAGAUUUGCAAGCUGGGGCUAUUGCUGGGUACUCGUUGCUUUGGUUGCUUUUGUGGGCCACGAUUAUGGGCCUCAUGAUCCAGCUCUUGUCGGCCCGAGUUGGAGUUGCCACGGGUCGACACCUGGCAGAGCUUUGUAGGGAAGAGUAUCCGGGUUGGGCCGGGUAUGUUUUGUGGGUCAUGGCUGAGCUGGCAUUGAUUGGAGCUGAUAUUCAAGAAGUUAUUGGGAGUGCUAUUGCUAUUCAGAUUUUAAGCAAUGGGUAUUUCCCCAUUUGGGCUGGUGUCCUAAUUACGGCCUCUGAUUGCUUCAUCUUUUUGUUUCUUGAGAACUAUGGAGUGAGGAAGUUGGAAGCUCUUUUUGCAGUUCUCAUUGCAACUAUGGGUGUGUCAUUUGCCUGGAUGUUUGGAGAAACAAAACCUAGCGGAAAAGAUCUUCUCAUGGGUAUUUUGGUGCCAAGACUCAGCUCAAAAACAAUUAGGCAGGCUGUGGGAGUUGUGGGUUGUGUCAUAAUGCCUCACAAUGUAUUCUUACACUCUGCAUUGGUACAGUCAAGGAAGAUUGAUCCAAACAAGAAAGGCCGGGUUCAGGAAGCACUCAACUACUACUCAAUUGAGUCUUCGGUUGCACUUUUAAUCUCCUUCAUGAUCAAUUUGUUUGUGACAACAGUUUUUGCCAAGGGAUUCUAUGGUAGUAAACAAGCCAAUAGUAUAGGACUAAUAAAUGCAGGGCAAUAUCUUGAAGCUAAGUAUGGAGGAGGAGUCUUCCCGAUUCUUUAUAUCUGGGGUAUUGGUUUAUUGGCGGCUGGACAGAGUAGCACGAUAACUGGCACUUAUGCUGGACAGUUUAUCAUGGGAGGCUUUCUCAACCUUCGUCUCAAGAAAUGGCUGAGGGCAGUGAUUACACGGAGUUUUGCAAUUGUGCCAACUAUAGCCGUAGCUCUUGUAUUUAAAACAUCUGAAGCUUCAUUGGAUAUUCUGAAUGAAUGGCUUAAUGUGCUUCAGUCAAUACAGAUUCCUUUUGCACUUAUUCCCCUCCUUACCUUGGUGGCCAAGGAGCAGGUCAUGGGGGUCUUCAAAAUAGGGCCUGUUCUUGAGAGGGUGGCUUGGAGUGUGGCGGCAUUGGUAGUGAUGAUCAAUGGAUAUCUGUUGAUUGAUUUUUUUGUAUCUGAAGUUACUGGACUACUGUUUGGUUUGGCGGUCGCGACUGGCACAGUUGCAUAUAUAGCAUUUAUUGUAUAUCUUAUUUUACACAGUGGUACCUUCCCUUCGGAUUUGAUUACCUUAAUUUCCAAGAGGUUUACUUCCACUGGGAACUGAGUCAACAAAUGCGCGUAUGACAGAAACUAUAGAAAAUCUGAAUUAUGCUGUUGCUCAAUGGAGCUAGCGUUUUAGCACAAUAGGGUUAUUGAUCUGCUCAUCAGAAGUGAAACAUUCUUCUACAUAACCAUCUCUAAGUCUUGUGCAUCUUGAAUGUGAGUACAAAGAUACAAACAAUUGAAAGCAUAUUCAUGUAAUGCACUUUUUUGCAUAAUGGAGCUGCACAGAGUUACAUUCCAUCAAUUGAUCACACCGGGUUAUUUUCGUCAUUUCAGAGGAUGGACAUAGCAUUGUUACAAAAUGCAGGAUGAAUUACUUUUUUAGUUUUUGGUUUUGUGGUAUAAGAUUCAGUAUGCCCCACGAAUUGUACCAGUAAAAUAGAAUAAACUGCUUAUUCUUUUAAUGUAACAGGUUAACAUGUACCAUAGUCAAACCAGCAACAACUGAUACUUAAGGGAUCAAUACAAAAGAAUAGAAGGAAUUUUGCAAAA